GACACAGCUCGCGCACUGCGAUCAAAUAUCAGCUGCUCGCAAUUCGCCACGGCUUUAUUGCGUUACAGUCGUGGUGGCGAGAGACCGUAGCCCGUGUUUGACUCGGAACCGCUAGGACGAGAAAAGUGAAUACAUCCGCGUUUAAAACGAAUCAUAGAAGGCCUCGCGUGCGUGCGUGUGCGCUCGCGAGCGUUAAAUAGUCGUUGAGUAUUGCGAGUGAAGGGAGAUCGCGGUGCGCGGUGGAGGAGACGCAGAAGUCCGAGUCCGAGUCCAUAACAAUACGCGAGGGAUCGUAGGUUUGUGCUAUGGGCUUACUGUCCCAAGGGUCGCCGCUCAACUGGGAAGAGACCAAGAAACAUGCGGACCACGUUAGAAAGCACGGCAUCCUGCAGUUCCUCAACAUCUACUACAAGGUCAAAGAGCGCCAGAAGGAUGUGCUGAAAUGGGGAGACGAGGUGGAGUACAUGUUGGUGGAAAUGGAUGACAAAAAUGAAAAAGUCCGCCUAGUUCUGAACGGGAAGGAUGUUUUGGAAACCCUUCAGGAAAAGGGUGAAAAGAUCAACCCCAACCACCCCACUCUGUGGAGGCCAGAGUACGGCAGCUACAUGAUCGAAGGGACCCCCGGGCAGCCGUACGGAGGGACCAUGUCGGAGUUCAACACGGUGGAAGACAACAUGGGAAAGCGGAGAAGAGAAGCCGCAUCUGUGCUUAAUAAGAACGAGACUCUCCUCACAGUUACAUCAUUUCCCAGGCUAGGCUGCCCGGGCUUCACUCAGCCAGAAUACAAACCCACACCUGUUGAAAAAGGGGUGUCCAAAUCGCUCUUCUUCCCCGAUGAGGCCAUCAACAGACACCCUAGAUUCAGCACUCUGACCAGAAACAUACGCCACCGGAGGGGUGAGAAGGUGGUGAUAAAUGUACCAAUUUUUAAAGAUAAAAACACCCCGUCUCCUUUCGUGGAGACGUUCGCGGAGGACGAUGGAGAAGCUGUCCGGGGAGCCCUGCCUGAUCACAUCUACAUGGACGCCAUGGGCUUUGGCAUGGGAAACUGUUGCCUGCAGGUGACCUUCCAGGCCUGCAGCAUCAGUGAGGCGCGCUACCUUUACGACCAGCUGGCCACUUUCUGUCCCAUAGUGAUGGCUCUCAGCGCUGCCUCGCCGUUCUAUCGGGGCUUCGUAUCAGACAUUGACUGCCGCUGGGGUGUGAUCUCUGCGUCUGUGGAUGACCGAACCCCAGAGGAGCGGGGCCUGGAGCCGCUGAAAAACAACAAAUUCCGGAUCCAUAAAUCACGCUAUGAUUCGAUUGACAGCUACCUCUCCUGCUGCGGUGAGAAAUACAAUGACAUUGAGCUGACCAUCAAUGAAGAUAUCAACAAGCAGCUCCUAGAUGCAGGCAUUGACAGACUGCUGGCACAGCACAUUGCGCAUCUCUUCAUCCGCGACCCGCUGUCGCUCUUCCAGGAGAAGAUUAAUUUGGAUGAUGAGAACGAAUCGGACCACUUUGAGAACCUUCAGUCAACCAACUGGCAGACAAUGAGGUUCAAAAAAUUGACCCUUUUGACUGGUUUUGUGCUCCAGGGUCACAUAUAUGCAGUUCAACUGACAGAUUUUGAAAACUCAGCUUAUGUCGUGUUUAUCGUUCUCCUCACCCGUGUGAUCUUAUCCUAUAAGUUGGAUUUCCUCAUUCCAUUGUCAAAGGUUGAUGAAAAUAUGAAAGUAGCCCAGAAGCGAAAUGCGGUGCAGGAAGGCAUGUUUUAUUUCCGGAAGGACGUCUUUAAAGGCUGCAACCCAGUGUUAGAUGCGCCCUCCACAGCUCGGAAUGGAGUGGAGAGUGAAGCUAAUGACGGUGAAGAGUUCACACUAAUGAGUAUUGACACCAUCGUCAAUGGGAAGGAAGGGGUGUUUCACGGCUUGAUACCCAUGUUGAACAGCUACCUUGAGAACAUGGAAGUGGAUGUGGACACGCGUUGCACUAUUCUCAACUACCUUAAACUCAUUAAGAAGCGUGCUUCUGGUGAGCUGAUGACGAUGGCUAAGUGGAUGAGGGAGUUUGUCUCCAAACAUCCUCAGUACAAGCAGGACAGCGUCAUUACGGACAAAAUAAACUACGACCUGCUGCACAAGUGCGACAGAAUCGCAAGAGGGGAGGAGAAGUGUCCGGAGCUUAUCGGAGACCCGGUUAACAGAGGAAAAUAAAGCCUGCUCGACACAAAAGCCAGUCGCUCCUGUGCAUGAGAACGGAAGACCACAGCAGUCCAGAAGUUAAAACGUUUUAAGAAAAUAUUUAAAAUGGCAUGUGUCAGCCAAAGGUUUGUUGAAUUUGUAAAUAGCAGAUUUUUAUUAUUCGCAAAUUAUUUUAAUAGCUUAAACAGAUCCGUGAUGUAAUUGUACUCUGAUGUGUACAUAUUUCACAUCGGUCUGAGUUUGUGAGAGAUUAUGUAAAUGUAGCAAACACUAAAUUGUACAUUAGUAAUAUUUUCAUUGUUGAAAUGUAAAUACUGUAUUUCAUCAGGCAUUAACAAGUGUUUUUUUUUUUUUAUGGAUGAAACUGUUGGCUUUUAAUAUUGUACCAAUUAAGACAAAGAUUUUAAGGCACUGGUCUUGUUGCAAGCCUGACUGAACCCAUGUAGGAAUUGAAAUAGGGGGGUUGAAAAAAUGUUGAAGACCGUAGUGGUGUGCAGUGAGUUGUGUUUUUCACUAACAAAUUAUAUUUCAUAUAAUUUUAGUGUUUGAGGGACAGCUAAAUUUAUACCAUCUGAGGUUUCUUAGUUGUUUUGUUAAGCUUUGUGUAGCUGCUCCACCACUAGAGGGUGCAGAUGGUCUUUUUUUAUUAAAAUAAUGGAAAGAUAAAUUAGAUUAAGCUAUAGUCUGUUAGCUUUAACAUCUGUAUAUGGCUUCAAAUAAAGUGAUUCCUGUACAUAUUCAG